AAUACCAGGCGGAGAGCCCCUAUCUCACCACACGGAAAGCCACAACGCUUUGCCUCAUUGAAAAGAAAGAAAGAAAGAAAGAAAGGAAAUGCAGAGGGAUGUAAGAUGGCAGAGCUACAAAUGUUGCUAGAGGAAGAAAUUCCAGCCGGUAAACGAGCGCUCGUGGAAAGCUACCAAAAUCUGUCGAGGGUUGCAGAAUACUGUGAAAACAAUUAUGUACAGGCCCAGGACAAGAGGAAAGCUCUGGAGGAGACUAAAGCCUACACCACCCAGUCUCUGGCGAGCGUUGCCUACCAGAUCAAUGCCUUAGCCAACAACGUGCUGCAGCUGCUGGACAUCCAGGCCUCGCAGCUGCGCCGGAUGGAGUCCUCCAUCAACCACAUCUCUCAGACAGUGGACAUCCACAAGGAGAAGGUGGCACGGCGAGAGAUCGGCAUCCUGACCACCAACAAGAACACGUCGCGCACACACAAGAUCAUCGCUCCAGGCAACAUGGAGCGGCCAGUCCGGUACAUCAGGAAGCCCAUAGACUACACGCUGCUGGACGAUGUGGGCCACGGUGUCAAACAACAUGGCAACAACCAGCCAGCGAGGGGAGGAGGAGGGGGGACAUUAUCGAGGACCAAUCCACCGACACAGAAACCCCCGAGCCCACCCAUGGCUGGUCGUGGAACUCUUGGGCGAAACACCCCCUAUAAGACCCUGGAGCCAGUCAAGCCUCCAACGGUACCUAACGACUAUAUGACCAGCCCAGCACGACUAGGCAGCCAGCACAGCCCUGCACGCACGGCCUCCCUCAACCAGAGACCCAGAACACACAGUGGCAGCAGUGGGGGUAGUGGCGGGCGAGAGAACAGCGGUGGCAGCAGCAUAAGUGUUCCUCUGGCCGUGCCCACUCCCUCCCCUCCCAGCCUGGGACCAGCAGUCCCCCAGGGACCAGGCCUGGGUCCCAUCCCCAUGUCCCAGUUUGGCACCAUCUCAAGGCAGGUCUCCCGCCACAACUCCACCGCCACCUCAGCCUCCAUGGUGUCGGCCACAGGUACCUACCGCCGGGCGCCCUCCGGCAGCUCCCAUUUCUCCAUGUCCCAGCAGCCCCACCUCAACGGGGGACCCGCCUACCCCCAGAACUCAGUGUCUGUGGCUCCUCCUCCCCCUCCUAUGGUCCAGCUGACUCCUCAGAUUCCUCUGACGGGCUUUGUGGCCAGAGUACAGGAGACCAUAACAGACAGCCCGGACCCCCUUCCACCGCCCCCUCCCGAGGACGUUGUCAUGUUUGAGGAGGCCUCGCCCCCUCCCCCGCCCCCACCAGUGGACUACCAGGGGGAUGAGGAGGCGGCCGUGGUGCACUACAAUGACCCUUAUGCUGACGAAGACCCCGACUGGGCCCCCAAGUCCUACGUAGAGAAGGUGGUGGCCAUUUAUGACUACUCCAAGGACAAGGAGGACGAGCUGUCCUUCAUGGAGGGCUCCAUCAUCUACAUCAUCAAGAAGAACGACGACGGCUGGUACGAGGGAGUCUGCAACGCCGUCACUGGCCUCUUCCCCGGCAACUACGUAGAGUCCAUCAUGCACUAUACAGACUAAGGGCGGCCAUUUUGACAGUGCAAAAACGGCAGGAUGUUACAAAAAAAACGUGCUGAGUUUAGUAUUUGAAAUGAUAAGGUAGCUUUUAGUAAGAUGUUGGCAUUUGUUUUGCACGGUCAAAUUGUCCUGAAAGCCCCCCAUCUCUUAUCCACACAGAAAAACGUCAAUCUUACUUUUACAGAAAAAAAUAAGAAAGAAUAAAUAAACAAACAAACAAACAAACGUAAAGAAGUGCAUUGCGACAUGAGUGACCGAAUGUUUGUUUUUG